GGUGGUGCCACUAAAUAUGUAAAUCUUGCCACGUCUAGAAGUUGUUGAAACACGCGUAAAGCUGCAUGUAUGAGUAAAUUCCUCCUAAGAUCACACUGCCACGGUGAUCAUGUAGACAUAGUAAUCAUGCAUACAUAAAUGUCAUCCAUCCAUCUAUCUAGCAUCUAAUCUAAACUAAGAAGAGUUAAGUAUCCAAUCGUAUCGUAUCUAAAAAUGUCGACCAACAACGACCAAUCUCAAGUACCCGGCGAGCCAACUCAAACCACCACCUCCCUCCUUCAGACCGUCACCUCUACUAUCCAAGGUUUCGGUCCCAUCAACAAAAUCCACCAACACCUUUGCGCGUUUCAUUUUUACUCGCACGACAUGACUAGGCAAGUGGAGGCACACCACUAUUGCGGGCACCAAAACGAGGAGAUGAGGCAGUGUCUUAUCUACGACAGCCCCGACAAGAAUGCGAGGCUUAUAGGUCUUGAAUAUGUUAUCUCUGAGAAUCUCUUCUUGACUCUGCCCGACGAGGAGAAGCCUCUCUGGCAUUCUCAUCUGUUUGAGGUAAAGAGUGGUUUCUUCUUCAUGCCAAAUGUCCCUUCUCCAAUUGAGCACAAAGACAUGGAGAAAAUUUGCAAGACUUAUGGUAAAGUCUACCAUUUCUGGCAAGUUGAUAGAGGCGAUGCUCUUCCACUUGGGAUACCUCAACUCAUGAUGGCUCUCACUAGAGAUGGCCAACUCUAUGAUCACCUUGUUCAAAGUUGUGCCGAGCGUAUGGGGAUAGACUUUGAGAAGGAGAGAAAGAACAGGGAGUAUAUGACAGGACCAGCACAUGGAAUUCAUCCAUUGGCUAAUGGAGGAGGUAAAGGCCUCGAGACAAGACUCAGGGAGGUUGAGCUUAACCAUGAUGAACCUCUGCCCUCUGCAACCAGGGUCUUUGUUUGAUCAUGAACAUAAUCAUGAACAUGUGUAAUAAUACCUUAUAUAGAGGACACCCUUUUUAAGACUUGCUGCAACAAAUAUAAUAUGGCAAUAAUAGUCUUUUGGGUCAGACUAAUAAUAUUCCAAUUCGAUCAAUGUUGUUGUACCA